AGUGAAUGCUUCGUCCCUUUGCUUAUUCUGCGUCUUUUAGUCACUGCAUUUUUUUCUUUCGGUAUAACGAGAAAGUUAAAUGUAAUCACAAGGGAAUAUUCGAAUUGGGAAAUGACUUGUGGAAUAUUUUAUCGUAGUAACAAAAGACUUAGCAGCUCCCUACAGUUGCUGGAUAGCCAGCCGUGUAGAUCAUUUCCUCGAUAUUUCCUUUCAGUUUGAAGUUCGUUUCUACUGAGUCUGUUGCUGCCACUAGCUUACAUAUAGUAUAAUUAAUACGGGACAUCAGAAUAAUAAUGAUUAUUAUAGUUAGACCAUGUUUCUAGCCAGUAUUCAACGUGAGCGUCUGACGUCAUUGUAACGCACUGCCCUUGAUCAAUGACGGCUGCGCCUUGUUAGAAAACUGGCUGGCUGCACUGAGCGAAGUUCAUUUUACUACACAAAUUGUUUAGAGCGGAUAAAAACAGCAUGUCCCGUGCAGCGGAUAGACUGAAGAUGGUUCUUAAUCAUCUGGACCGAUCUACAGUUCACGUCACUGCGUCCUCCACGUCUACACAAGUAUCGUCAUACUAUCAUAAUCCCACUCUAAGGUACACUUUGGACAGUGAUGCUCUGUCCCCUGAGCAGAGGCUCUCAUACGAGGAGAAUGGCUUCAUCCUCAUCAAGAACCUGGUGUCCGAGGAGGACAUCGACAAAUUCAGGGUGGAGUUUGAGCGGAUCUGUAAGGGGGAGGUUAGGGUCCCAGGUCUGCUGGUGAUGAGGGACGUGGCCAUCGCUAAGUCUGAGUUCGUCCCGGACCAGAAGGCUGUUUCCAAACUGCAGGAUUUUCAGGAGGACCCCGAGCUCUUCCGGUACUGCAGCCUGCCACAGAUCCUGAAGUAUGUGGAGGCCUUCACUGGACCCAACAUCAUGGCCAUGCACACCAUGCUGAUCAACAAACCACCUGAUGCAGGUAAGAAGACCUCCCGCCACCCGAUGCACCAGGACCUGCAUUACUUCCCCUUCCGGCCGGUGGACCGGAUUGUGUGCUCGUGGACGGCCAUGGAGAGGGUGGAUCGGAGGAACGGGUGCCUGGUGGUCCUGCCUGGGACCCACAGAGGUGCUCUGAAGGAGCACGACUACCCCGAGUGGGAGGGCGGGGUCAACAAGAUGUACCACGGUAUCCGUGACUACAACCCAGACCAUCCCAGAGUGCACCUGGAGAUGGAGAAGGGCGACACGGUGCUCUUCCACCCUCUGCUGAUCCACGGUUCCGGAAUGAACCAAACGCAGGGAUUCCGCAAGGCCAUUUCCUGUCACUAUGCGAGCGCCGACUGCUACUACAUCGACGUCAAGGGAACGACGCAAGAGAACAUCGAGAACGAAGUUAAAGAAAUCGCGAGCCAUAAGUAUGGCCUGGACGGCUCGAUCAGGUUUCAGGACACGUGGGCUUUCCGGGGUCGUCUGGUGCAAGGAGAGAGGACCUCACUGUGAUGGUGCCACACCGCUGCGCGCACACACACACACACACACACACACACACACACACACACCUCGGCAGCCGGGAUGAGGUUGGAAAGAGUAGCGGGGUAGUAGAGUGUAGAAGAGGAGGAGGGUGGAGAAGAGGAGAGUAGAAGAGAAGUGUAGGAGGAGAGUGUAGAAGAGGAGGAGGGUAGAGAAGAGGAGAGUAGAAGAGAAGUGUAGGAGGAGAGUGUAGAAGAGGAGGAGGGUAGAGAAGAGGAGAGUAGAAGAGAAGUAAAGAAGGAGAGUGUAGAAGAGGAGUGUGUAGAAGGGUAGUGUGUAGCUGAGCAGCUUUCCGCUCUAAAAUGUCUGUGUAGUAGAGAACUCUAAACUCUACUGUUAUGAGUUAAUGUGUGUGUAAGGCCUUUGCUUUGCUUGGGCUGGAUUAUGACCGUCUCUAACACCAUGCUGCCUUAAACUGCUGCUCCUGAUUAUUUUUUAAUUUAAGUAGCGUUGUUUUGUUCAUUUUUCAGUAAUGCAUUGUGGUUUUUGAAAAUUGUUGCUUUAAUACGUUAAUUUAAUUUCCUGAAUAAGUGUUACAUUACAGCCAUUUGAAUCCGUAUUCCCCAUCGAGAUGUCGGUUUGUUCUGGCUGUCAAACCGAUAGGCAUCGGGAGAAAGAACAAGCGCUCAGGAGCGCAAAAAGACUCAUUUAUUAUUAUUUUGUAAAAUCAGCUUGGGUACAUCACAAAAUCUCAGGAUGCAGGAAUGUUUUAAUAUUUAAUAUUAAUUUAAUUGCAGUGAGUAUUAGCUUGCCACUAAUAAAAUGAGCAGAUUGUCUGACAUAAUUAUUAGUAUUAAAAAAAGAAUUAUUUGAGUUCUGAAUUAUCUCUGUGUUCAAGUUGUAUUAAUAGCUUUACCCAAUAUUUACAAAGUAUGGUGAUACGAGCACAAAAUUCACUAUGGUAAAUAACUGACCAUUUUUUAAUCGUAUUAGGAAAAACAAACAAAAUUGUCAUUUAAAAAUUGUAUUAUUGUAACCCUCUGCAAUUGCCUGUUUUUCAAUUCACAAGGUUUUGUGUGUGAAUAGCACUUAUUCACUGUUGAAGACAAUAAAAAUACUACUAUCA